AUGAAAUUCUCUUUCUCACUGAUAUGCGUUCUGACGCAAUGGAUCACCUUCUUCAUAGCCAUUGGCCUUGUUGAUUCAAGAUCAAUUCCUUUCGUGCCAUCAACUUCCAGAUUAGCAUCUAGUUCACGACAAUCUUCUCAUUCUAGCUGCAAUGUUAGCAUUCGACAUCAAUCACUUUUGUCGCCAUUAUCUUCACCGCUCUGUAUUCGUGGAGGAUCUACAGCUGUCCAAAUAGAAGACGACGCUGGUGCUGAUGACGAAGAAGACGAGAAUAGCAAAAGCAACAGCAUCAGAGAUGAUCCUGAAUUUGCCAAACUACAAUCCUACAGACUUCAGCAACAAUUGCUCUUGCAACUACGAGGAACUUAUCUAAGCGAAGCGCUAGCUCAACGAGGCCUACCGCUGACUACUCUGGAAGAUGUCGGCACUCCAGAAGGUGCCGCUCCACCCCAAGUGAUGGAUUGGGAUUGCGCCAUGGCCACCCCCAAAAGUCCAAAGUCUUGUUUGUAUAGUUUCGAUGCCGAGCCACAUACCAAGGUGAUUGCUCCCAUUGAUACUACCCAAUGGAUCGGUUUGGGCGCCCUGAAUCGAUUGCGGCGGAGUGAUCCAAGCAAGGUGGAACCCAUGUGGCAUUCUCAAUACGCCAUACUGGAAUCUUGGUUUUCUCCAGAAUCCAAGUUUAGCUUGUUACAACAUGUCGGUAUUCAAGGAUUCUUUUUGAAUACAUUGUUGGAAUACUUGCCACUGGCGUUGGGAAUCGCAUUGACCGUCUUGACCAUAGUGGCCAUGCCUGUGUUGGAAUACUUGGUCAAUCGUAUUGCAGUGUCUGGCAUUAUUUGGUACCGAUGGACCAAGUGGUCGCGAUUCAUCCAUGCGGCAUUGCCCUUGAAGUUGUUAUUGGGACAAAUGGCCUACAAGGGAAUGGCGACUAUGUUCAACAAACUCUUGUCUAUUGUCAAGGACCAAUUGGUCGAAUUGGAAUGUCAAAUAUUAGAGCAGAAGAUUCCAUUGACUGUGGGAGUGCCAACGAUUACCAAGGAGAGUCUAGAAGGCAGUCCUAGCGAGACUGAGGAAGAUGAAGACGACAUCAGCAUGGAUUUGGGAUUCGAACUGGACGAAUCAUCAUCGGGGGAAGAAUCAAUCGACGUAGAUGUCGAUGAGUACGAUAGCGAAGCUUCAGACGAAGAUAACUAG